AUGAACUUGGUAGACCAGCCAGCACCUCAAGUUAAAAUCGAGCAAGGGAUUUUAAGCGGUAAAAUCAGCGGGGAUGGGUCGUUUUUUGAAUACUUGGGAAUACCAUACGCUACUACUAACAGUAGUUUGCGAUUCAAGGCACCGCUUCCACCUCCAUCCUGGCAAGGCAUUUACAAAGCGGUUGAUGAAAUAUAUCAAUGUCCGCAAUUGAGUCCAGUUUGGGCCAUAAAUAGGCAACCUCUUUGGGUUGCUAGCCUCAUAGCAAAAGAUCUUGGGUACGAUACUAAAAACCCCGAAGAACUUUACCAAAUAUUAUCUAAGACCUCUUACCAAAGUCUUAUCAAAUCCAAACCUAGAAAACCACUUGGGAUGUAUUUCGAUACACAGAUGCUUCAUUAUCCAUGUGUCGAACAAAAAAUUGAAGGAGAAGAUGCUGUGAUUACCGAUUUUCCGUUUAAUAUAUUUGAAAAUAAUCCAAUAAAGAAUAUACCAGUCAUUUAUGGAACGACUAGCAAAGAAGGAAUAUUCUUGUUGCCCGAUGAUACCAAAGAAUCUUUAGCUGCGAGAGAUGCGAGGUAUAUGUUUGCAUCUGACCUUCAAUUCCCGUCAGAAGAGGAAGCCGCGAAUGUAUCUCAAAUAGCAAGAGAAUAUUAUUUUGGUAAUAAGAAAGUGAGUUUUGAUGUCCACGAUAUCGUUGCUGAUCUGAAUACAGAGUUAUAUUUUGAAGUACCAGCUAUUUUAGAAUCACAAACGUUAGCAAAUAAUUCAAAAGCUAAAGUUUACAAUUAUUAUUUUAAUUAUGCUGGGGGAAGAAAUAUACUAAAAUCUAUAGUUGGUCUAUUUGGAUUUAACACUGAAAAAGGUGCUAUUCACGGUGAUGAACUUAUGUAUUUAUUUAAAGGGAUAAUCUGGCCAUUCCCUAUCAAUGAAAAAGAUCAAGCAGUAGUAAAUUUGAUGAGUAAACUAUGGACGAACUUUGCCAAAUAUGGUGAGCCCACUCCUAACGGUGACUUGCCAAUAAAAUGGGAGGCCAGUACUAAGGAAUCUACGAGAUUUUUAUACAUAGAAGAUAACUUGAAAAUGGGGUCGUUUCCUAAUCUUGAAGCUUAUCAUCUGUGGAAAAACAUUUAUGAUAAAUAUCGUAAGAAGAAUAAACCAAAUGAUUUUACAGAAUAA